UAUGAGCGACCGUUGAAGGCGGGAUUCUGUCAGUCGGUUUCAACCUUCUACAGUGAGUUCGUUGCGAUAAAGGAAAUAACAUCUGAAUAACAAUAUGGCUGAUCAGCUGACCGAGGAGCAGAUUGCCGAGUUCAAGGAGGCGUUCUCGCUAUUCGACAAGGACGGCGACGGCACCAUCACCACCAAGGAGCUGGGAACGGUCAUGCGCUCGCUGGGCCAGAACCCCACGGAGGCCGAGCUGCAGGACAUGAUCAACGAGGUGGACGCUGACGGAAACGGGACAAUAGACUUCCCUGAGUUCCUGACCAUGAUGGCGAGGAAGAUGAAAGACACAGACAGUGAGGAAGAGAUCAGGGAAGCCUUCCGCGUCUUCGACAAGGAUGGCAACGGCUACAUCAGCGCGGCCGAGCUGCGUCACGUGAUGACCAACCUGGGCGAGAAGCUGACGGACGAGGAGGUGGACGAGAUGAUCAGGGAAGCAGACAUCGACGGAGACGGCCAGGUCAACUACGAAGAGUUUGUUCAGAUGAUGACGGCGAAGUGAAGGCCUUGUAUAGAAUCAUUUCUCUUGUAUAAAUGAUUUGCCUUUUCUUUGUAAUUUAUCUGUACGAUGUUUCCUCUUAACCCUGCUUUCAAAAGCCCUUGUGUCCCUUUUUAUUAUUUUUAUUUUUUGGCGUCAUUUUUUUUGUUUGUUUGUUUGGUUUGGUUUCGUUUUGUUUCAACAUGCGAGUGAAGAGUGGUCACAUGACCAGGUGCUGGGCGUGGCUCAGGAGAGCGGGUGGUCACUGGAACCAUGUCGCCCCGCCCACUCCGGCCGCCCCACGCUGGGCACCACUUGUCGAAGCCUGAAAUCACUUGGCAACAAUGUUGGCAUGUAACUGUUUUUGUAAUGUGGAGGAGUCGACUCUGCAUGGACUAUGGACAAAGUACAUAUGAAAACAAAAUCAGCAUUGCACUAUUGCAAUAUGAUAAAAAAAGAAAAUAAAUCCAUAAAAUAAAGUAACGGGUGUAUCUGCAGGUACUCGUACACUAACUCUUUUUGCAUUGGUUCUGUACUCUUCAGGUUCUUACUAUGCUUUGUAAUGUUUUAGUCCUUUUCCUUUUUUUUUAAUCUGCAUCUGGCACAAUCAUGCCUCAAAGAGUCCAUUCCAAAUUGUAUAUUUGUUUUCCAAUAAAAUGUACAAUGUA